UUGGUAAUGAAGAACUCACAAGUUGAUUUGCCUUACCUUCCUGAUGAGUUGUUAUUAAACUGCUUAGUACGCGUCUCGAGAUUGUACCACCCGAUUCUCUCCUUAGUUUCCAAGAGAUUCAACUCUCUCGUGGCAUCGCUUGAGCUUUAUGAGAUCAGAAAGCUCGUAGGAAAGACCGAGAGUUGUCUUUAUCUGAGCUUACGUUUCAGUUCUGAAUCUGACACACGUUGGUUCACUCUAUGCCAAAGACCAACUCGAAACCCUAACCCUAACCCUAACCCUAACUCACGAUGGUUCACUUCCUGCUUUAGACCACAUCGUAUCAGCCUAACAAAUCACACUAUGAUCUCAGUUCCAACUCGCAAUUUCACUUCUCCUCCGUCUGAGGUGACUCGUAUCGCCAUUGGUUCUAAUAUCUUUAUGAUCGGCGUAUUGAACAAUGGUGCCUUCUCGUCUAGGAUCUUCUUCAUGGACUGCCGGACUCACACUUUGCACAAAACUCCAAGCAUGAGGACAUCGCAAAAGAAACCCUUCAUUAGUGUUCUUGAUGGGAAAGUAUAUGUAGUGGAAGGAUGCAAACGUCCCGAUUACUCGAAUUUUAUCGAGUGUUUCAAUCAAGAAACCCAAAAAUGGGAGCAUGUGCCAAGCCCUAGCGUGGAGAUACGUGCUAGGUACGUAUCAUCAAGUUUAGUCUUGGAUGGGAAGCUUUACCUGUUUGGGAACAAAAGUUUGGUUUACAAUCCGAAAGAAAAUAAAUGGGAUGUGGUAGGAUUGGAGAUGCCUUUGCGUUGGACUCCCACUAAUUUUUUUAGCGUAGUAGUAGAUAACGUAAUCUAUUCUUUUGGAAAACGUAGACUUGUGUGGUACGACUCAGAGAGAAGACGGUGGAGAUUUUUGAAGGGUUUGAAGAAACUACCUAAAUUACCAAGGCAAUGUCUUUGUGUUAGAUUGGUGGGUUAUAGUGGAAAGAUUGUGGUUUUGUGGGAGAAGGAUGUGCAUGAUACGGAUCCUAACAAGAAGACGAUUUGGUGUGCUGAGAUUGCGGUUGAAAGGCGUAACGGACGAGGGGUUUAUGGGAAGAUUGAGUGGUGUGAUGCUGUACUUACUGUCCCCAAGUCAUGUUCUUUAUUGCAUUUUAUGGCUGCCACUGUUUGA